UGGACCAGAUGCUCAAACCGAUCAGUUGCCUUCUUAUGAGACAUGUUCCAGUGCCACCUAUCGCCACAUUACGUGCGGUUUCGAGCAGACGGAGUUUUGCAGCUGGCACCAGAGCGGCAACGCUUCUGGUUGGUUAAUAACAGAAACUCUUCCGUUCCCUCUUCCUAAUAAUUACCCACAGGACUCGAACAAAAGAUUAGUUUACAAUGGAACUAGCCCCUCUGUCAGCAUAGUGGAGAGUGACUACAUUGGUCCAGUUGAGGCGAAACUGCAUUUCAAAGUGUACAUUUUUGGGCCAGGUUUACAAUUUUUGCGGUUAUAUGCGGCCAGUAUGCAAACCUACUUUCUGCUGUGGAACUCUACCGAUUCCAACACAACUCGAUCAUCGGGACGAAUGUGGCAAGACGUCCAGCUUGACCUUUGUAUAAAAUUUCCGUUUAAGCUUGUAUUUGAAGUCGCCGUGAGCAGCAAAGAAUACAUUGCAGCCAUGGAUGACAUUCGUCUGGAAGAUGAGUGUAUGACCCUAGAACAUGGCGCCGAUUGUGCGGAUAUGCAUCAGUUCAUACCACUAGAGAAUAUCCCAGUGAAAAAGGAAACUGGACCAUUACUAGCUCCAGCUCCAUCGGGAAGUGUCAGCUGCCAGUUUGAAUUGCCAAACUUUUGCGGUUGGUCCAAUUCCCAUGCAGACCAUACAGUAUGGAAUAGUUCGGCUUCGCCAUCCGGAAAGAAUGCUGUAAUAGCCCGUUGUGAUAGAGUGCAGCAUGUACAAAUCACAUCCUACUUGAGUAGUCCCAGAACAAGCUGUGAUCAAUCAAAAUUGUGUUAUUUUGAGUUCGGUUACAGAUCAUCCGAAGGGAAAGUAGUGAAGCUGCAGCUUUGGAUGGCCUUCAAUGAGACGUUCCCAGCACACUUGUUGUGGGACAGCGGAGUCAACAUCAUUCCAGACUUUGUGUCAGUGGCUGUAAAUUUGACCAACAGUCCCGCUAUAUUCUGGUUAAGUGUGGCGAUAACAUUCUUCGAAGACGCAACCACCGUCGAAUUAACAAGUCUCCAAUUUUACAGAAAUGAUAGUCUUGUGGACGAUAAACCGGAUUACCUAAUUAUUACUAUUUGUGGAAAUUUGGUUGGAAUACUCUGCAUAAUUGCUAUACUGGGUGCUAUUUUCGUUUAUCGACGUUCCCGAGCAAAGUUGGAAUACUCCAAACGGGUUUCUUUAUGUGGGGUACCCUUUCCACUGCUAGAAGAAUUUGAGUUACCAACUAAUUCAGUAACUUUAGAAAACAAGCAACUACGGCCCAGCCAUUUUUGCCACGUUGGAUUUGCACGAAUAACAAAGCCCCAUGACAAGCAUUUUGGCAGUGCGACUACUCUGGCUAUUGUGAAAUUCCUUUCAGACAGAUACACUCCAGAGGAAGAGAGAUAUUUUCUAGCGGAAAUGGGAGCUUUCAUGUUAAUCGGCCGGCACAUAAAUAUCGUCAGCUUGAUAGGAGUGAUACUGAAAGAUCGUCCGAUGAUUGUAAUGGAAUACUGCGCUAACGGAUCCUUGCUGCAGUAUCUGCACAAUGACAGCAACUACGUUUAUCUGAAAAGGCGGGCUUCGAAUCAACUCAUCCAGACUGAAGCACAUCGCUUAUUUGUACAAAGCGAACUACAAAGUCUGCUUUCGAUCAUACAUCAAAUGGCAUCCGGGAUGGAAUUCUUGUCCAGUCGCGGUUUUCUUCACAGAGAUCUUGCCGCACGAAACGUGCUACUGGACUCCGGUCUAAUAGCUAAGAUCGGCGAUUUCGGUCUGGCCAGAAACGAUAGCGAAUACAUCUUGCAGCGGCAGAAUGUCAAGUUGCCACUUGGUUGGAUGGCUCCGGAGACGCUGGUGCCAAUGGAAGGCCGCUAUAGCGAGAAAAGCGAUAUCUGGUCAUUUGGAGUUGUUGUGUGGGAGUGUUUCACGUUUGGCAAGUCCCCAUUUGAGCAGGAGUUUCCACGGGGAAUUCAGUGGAAUAUCUUACUGGACUUCAUAGCGCGCGGCGAACGGUUGCUGCUUCCUGAUAUCUGUCCACAGUGGAUGGCAGCUUUGGUUUCGUCCUGUUGGAGCAUUCAACCGGAAGAUCGUCCAGAAUUUCGCGAGAUCCUCCUGAAAAUUGUCAAAAAUUCAAAUUGUUUGUGAGAUGUACACUGUAUAUGUGUUGGCUGGAGCAACCAGUAGCUCUGUACGGUCAUAAUGUUCUGCAUCGCUGAGAAAAGUCUGAUCAGCAAAUUACCGAGCGAA